AAGUCAGGCCCCGCCUUGCGCUGCUACAAACUUCGGUGAAGUUGCAGUCCAGCUACGCUGAGGUUUGUCUGCUGAGUCCACGGCUUCCUGCACCAUGCCGAUGAUACUGGGUUACUGGGACAUCCGCGGGCUGGCUCACGCCACCCGCCUGCUCCUGGAAUACACAGACUCCAGCUAUGAGGAGAAGAUUUACGUAAUGGGGGACGCUCCUGACUAUGACAGAAGCCAGUGGCUGAAGGAAAAAUUCAAGCUGGGCCUGGAUUUUCCCAAUGAGAAACUGAAGCCCGACUUCUUGAAGGAAAUCCCUGAAAAGAUGAAGCUUUACUCGGAGUUCCUGGGGACACGUCCAUGGUUUGUGGGGGACAAGAUCACCUUUGUGGAUUUCCUUGCUUACGAUGUCUUUGACAUACAUCGCAUAUUUGAACCCAAGUGCCUGGAUGCAUUCCCUAACCUGAAGGACUUCAUGGCCCGUUUUGAGGGCCUGAAGAAGAUCUCUGCGUACAUGAAGCAUGCCCGCUUCCUCCAAGGCCCCUUGUUUGGAAGGAUGGCAGUGUGGGUUGGCAAAAGAUAGGGUUCUGUGAUACCAGGAGAUGGGUGAUGGAGCCAGCACUGUGCCUGCCGCCUGAGGCCCUGGAGAAUAGCCAGAUUCCCUUCACUGCCUGGCACCAGCCUUUUUGUUCCUUUAUGUUUCUUUCUUCUCUUUUCUCCUCCUCAAGGCCUUAUUGGCACCCUUUUUCUAAUCUGACCUCCCCUCAUGCAGGCUUCACUUCCACACUUUCCUUCCUCAAAGUCUCCCUUAUAACAUCACCUGUCCCUGUCCUAAUGCCAGCCUGACCAUCUUUCCCAUCAGUGCUUGUCUGUGCUUUCAGAAGCCCGAAUGGACCCCAAGUUCCCCAGCAUUGUCCUGAAAGGCCAGGACUCCCUGGUGUGCAGGCCCUGUCCCUUGGCUGGAUCUUGGUCUGAUGCCUAAUAAAGCCUGAACACAC